AUGGAAAACUCCCUCUCAAAGAGUAACAGUCUAAAGCCUCCGAGGCGCAAACUUCAAAAACCCGACCCCAAGCUCAAAAGCCUCAACAAAGCCAAAAGAGGCUCUACAGAUUCUCACUCAUCAUCAACCAUGGCUAGUCUAAGCCCCAUGUCUUCACCCACGCAGCGUCAAAUGUCAAACGGUGCGCCUGAUCUCAGUGACUCCAAAUGGGACCAUUAUCUCCGACCCAAAACUAUUCUUGUUCCCUCAUUCUCAGAGUCAGAGGAACAAAACAUGAAUCAACCAGUCCAACACCCUGAACCUGAACCAAGGGCCGCAUGCUUUAGUCCUCCGCCGCAAGGACAAUCUUUUCAUCGCCAGAUCCCCGAAUUUCACCACUUGACUCUCCAUGAGAAUAGGGCACGGCCAUCCCUAGAUCGCUCAUCUCUCCCUUCAACAGCAUCUUCAACAUCAACUUCAUCCGCUAUGCGACGACAGGCCAAGACACCUGUCUUUCGAAUUGGUCAACUAGAGCAACAUGCACUUGCGCGCAAAGCAAAAGAUGUACCAGAAAAGACUUCAAGUGUUGAGUUGAUCGCUGAUCAAUACCACGCCCUUCUCGAAACAAGAGAUGGUCCUCCAGCGCUCGACUCGCAAUUACCCUCACGCGCAUCGCAUUACUCAUUCGACGACACUCCUCUUCAAAUCCCUCCAUAUGCGGCUAAACGAUCUCAAAGUAUGCGAACAGCAAAUACUUCCUCAUCAAUGACUGCUAUACCUCGUCAACUCAGACCCAGACUUAGAUCAGCUCCUACCCACGAUACAAACGUGGCAGCUGUUGAAGGCGAUACUAUUUACUUCAAGCCCUACUCUUUCUCACCACCACCUUCUCCCGAGUACCCCGGGACACCACGACACUCUUGGACAGACGAAUUCAGGCCAUCAUCAUCGUCAGGGCACUCAUUCCAGGACAAUAUCAGCCUUCAGAUAGCGCUCGAUCUCCUCACGAGCGAAUUAUCUUCCGUCAUGACAGGCCGGCCACAGCGCAAUGGACAGAAUACGGCAGCUUUACAGAUAUGGGUUAUGAUUGAGGCCUACGAAAGACUCCGCGAUCAACUGACGAGACAAGAACCGUCCAACGCGGAGGCGCAAAAGGUUGCGACCAUGUUUGAUUGUUGGUUGGCAUCACUAUACUCGAUUCACUCUUCUCUUACGGAGAGCACACUACCCAGCCCUACCGAAUAUGCUGGAUUGGAAGAGGACCUGGAUUGA